GUUUCUCACAGAAUCACCAGUUCAAAUUACAGAAUUGGAGGGAAACCAACCCAUUCCCGUUUCUCCCAAAUCUCUGCGUCUCUGAUUCCGAUUUUCCCACUUCCGAAUCAAACCCUAACACCGGUCCGCAAACUCCAUGGCGGAAACCCUAAGCCCCAACCCAUUGGUGGGUCAGAAGCAGAGGUUCCGCAUUCAGUCCCCCACCAGCACCUUCUUCUUGGGCUCCAACAACGACCAGCUCGAGCGGGCCGAGGCCCGCGCGGCCCGCGCAGCCGCCAUCCGCCGCAAGAGCCUCGGCUUCAGCCAACCUCUUCUGGCCAACUCGGAUCCCUGCCUCAACAAACAGCAAAUCCUCGAUUUGUUCCAAAACUGCAUCAAACUCGCCAGCGAGAACAAAAUUAAUCAGAAAAAUACAUGGGAGUUGAACCUGAUCGAUCACCUUACUGAUAUCAUCAAGGCCGAACAAGAAGAUGACUCGGAGACUAAUUUUCAAAAAGCAAGCUGCACUCUUGAGGCUGGAGUCAAAAUUUAUUCAUUAAGAGUAGAUUCAGUGCAUUCUGAGGCAUAUAAAGUUCUUGGUGGGAUGAAUCGAGCAGGCCAAGAAGCUGAGCAAGACACUAGCCUGGAUGGUGUUAAUAUCGAAAGUGGAGGAGAAGAAAGCAGGAAAGAAACAAGCAAAAAGUUGUCACCUUUGUCAACAUUGGAAUCAUCUUUCGAAGCACUUAAUGUAAAGAAGUUUGAUGCUGCAUUUGUCGUGGAUCCUCUCUAUCGCCAGACAACAGCAAAAUUUGAUGAAGGUGGAGCCAAGGGUCUUUUAAUGAAUAAUCUUGGUGUAUACGGUGGAUGUAGGGUGCUCUUUGAUUCACUAGAAGUGCCUGCGAAGUGUAUGGCAAAACAAAAUCAAUCUGAUAUUUCAGAUACUAUUGAUCUUUCUUUUGUCAAAGAUUGUAUCGAGCAGAUGGUGUUGGACAUGCGUGUGAAGGAUGAAAUUUCUCCAACUCUGACGACUAUAGUAAACUUAUUUGAUGAGAGUAACAGAAGGCCCACUGAUGUUCAACAUCACGACAAUAAUUUAGCUGAAGAUCUUGACACUUCUUUUAAUAAUGAAAGUGGUUUUGACAGAGAAGAAUAUGAGAACAGCAAUGCCUGGAGUGACGAUCACGAUGACCAUACGGUUGUUGCCGAUGUAGGCUAUAAUGAUGAUGCAGAUCCAAGUUUUCCCAAUUACCCUCAGGACAGCGAUGGGCCAUUUCCCUCCCCAGACGCUGAUAUGGAUGACAGAUUUGACAGUGUUGACGGAUAUUUGUUUUUGAGUCUGGGUUUUAAUUCAAAGCAAAACGCAUGGGCAGGUCCAGAUCAUUGGAAGUAUCGAAAAUCCAAAGCCUCAGAGGUUCAUCCUACUUCCGAAGAUGGGUCGACCCUAAUAAGUAGGCAGCCAAAGAGUAAGAGACAGGCAGAAGUUGAAUUAAAUUUCACAAAUUCUCUUGAGAAGGAAAUGCUAGAUAUAUUUUCUUCUCCCAAGAAUCCCAAAUCGUUACUACUCCCCGAAAGCAAAUUGCCUUGCAAUACAAAACUUCCCGAGGACUGCCACUAUCAGCCAGAGGAUCUUGUCAAGCUGUUCCUUCUGUCUAAUGUGAAGUGUCUCGGGAGGAGGGCAAACAGGUUCCCAGACGGAGCUAGAGAACAAUCCAAUGAAUAUGAAUCAUUCCAUACUUGGGACAAUGGAAGUGUUGGUGGGGAUGACUUUGGUGACUACGGAGGUGAUCUUCAUAGUGAUGUGGAGGACUCCAACACUCUUAUUAGUCAGCCUCGCCAGGUCAAUAAAAUUGAAGUCCAGUAUGACAAGACUUCCAAACAAGUUGAUGUUCAUGCACUAAAAAUUACUAUUUGGGACCAUGUUCAAGAAUCUGUUAAACUUCCUUCACAGGGUCAAAAAGAUACCCUAUCUUUCAGGAGUAUAUUGGCCAACUUUCCUAGCGAAUGCAAUGCUGCCGCAACCGUUAGUGACAUAUCUCCUCACUUGUGCUUCAUAUGUCUAUUGCAUUUGGCAAACGAGAAAGGAUUGAGCAUUCAAAACUGCUCCAACUUAGAUGAUCUUACCAUAUUCCUUCCACACGUUGCUGACUCUAUAAGGGGCACAGUUUAGAUUCUCCUUCACUCAAUUAUUCGCUCAGGAAUCAAAAAAUGUUUUGAUGGGGACUUUGUUAACGGUGUGAAACAUGUCCAAGAAAGCAUAGAAGUGAGUAACAGGUUGUUGAGUCUGGUUGGAGGUUAUGGAGGUUUAACACUCGUUAAGAAGAUUUCAGAUCUUUCAUGAUAUCUUUGUCUUUGCCUAGAUGAAAGUAUUCAAGGCUCUUAUUUUAUGUCAACUCCAGCCCGUUUCAUGUGUGACUAAUGCUAGCGUUGUAUAAAUAAAGUCAAAGAUUGGUUGAUGACUUGCUGAUUAUUGAAUUACACUUCCCUCUCCCCUCAUUUUCUAUU